AUGAAUGAAUUUAUUGAUCAUUUCGAGGAUAAUUGCAUCAGUCGUCAAGGUCGUAAUAAUCGUCGUCGUUCAUCUCGAUUUGCAAUAUCUUUCUGGAGUUAUUUCGAUCGUCUUGAUUUACAACUUCCACGAACCAAUAAUCCUCAAGAAGCUUGGCAUAAUACCCUUCAAGUAACGUCUUGUUUUGCUAUCAAACGUCUAUUAACUAUUUAUUUCUAUUUUGAUGCAGAAUUCUUGUCGUAA